UGCGCUGAUAAACAUUGCUCGGUAGCUAUCAUUUACUGCACUUCUUCCAAAAAAUUCAGUCGACCCCAUUUUAAUUCUGUUAAAUGUUGAAAACCGAGUUCGGUCGGACGACUGGCGAGCUAGCGUUCGCUAAGCUAAUGCUCAGAAUUAGAGUAGAGGGAAGACGCUUGCUAAAUGUAUGGUUUUGUUUUGCGCACGUUAGCCAAUGACAUGAUUUGUAAUUCUAUCGUUAUUGAUUAAUUACAUUAUUUUGGAGUGUUUUCCCGGUGUUUUGUAAGAUAUUUGGUAAGGUAUUUCGUAGUGCCCCCACCAGCGCCCCUCCGAUAAUGGCUGCAUCGUGCGUUACUCGGUUAUCCCGCAGCGUCCGGCAGCCCUUCCUCACAGCAUCCCCGGUCGGCGGUGACGGUGCGGAUCACGGGCCGGCCAGACAGAGAGCCGCGCAGUUCCUCAGGGAAGCCGAGAGGAACAGGAGGCAAAUUGAAAAGUUGGAAAAAGAGAGGACGCUGAGUGGUCAGUGCAGAAAGAAUGGCUGGACAGACGUGUUGGGAGAACUUCAGGAGUACGAGAAAGUGCUGGAGGAAGAGAGAAAUGCAGACAAGAUGAAUCUUCGAAAGCAAUUGGUGAAGAUUCAUAAUGGCGUGAGGAAGUUUCAGAGACAGCUAAUAGAUGUGAAGCCAACUCCUGAGCUGAUUGAAAGACUGAAGGAAAUAAUGUCAGAGGUGGAAAUCUCAAUCAACAUCCUAAAAGAGGAACAGCGCUCACGCUUUGAGGAACUUCUGAAGGAGGAGAGGACAUGCAGACAGGAGAUCACUACUUAUGAGAAGAGGAUUGAGAACUGGAGCCUUGCUGUCAAAUCAGACCCCAAACUACCCACAGCUCCCACCGUUAAGACCAGACCCCCAGACAGAGAUCUCCCUGCAGAGGUCAGAGCACUGGAGGCUUUCCUGCAGAGGACAGGAGGCCCUUAUGGUGGCUGGGACCAAUAUGACCACCAAGCCUUCCUUCAAGUCUGGACAAAGCAUAGUGGGCAACCAGCCUACAGGAAGGAGGCAAAACUUUACCUGCCUGGUAAAACAUUGGAAGAGAUAGAGCAACACAAGGACUGGCAUCAGGAGCUGAUCUAUCUACAGGACAGAAAGAGAGAGGCUAUCCAGCGGUGGAAAGCCAGCAAGCAUCAAGAACGCCAGACCAGAAUACAGAGUCAGGAGGAGGCAGAGGAGGCAGAAAGGAGGGAGAGGGAGGCCAAGUGCCAGGCCCAGCAACACAGGACUGAGGAGGAGAGAAGGGAAGCAGCACAGCGAAUGGAGGAGUGGAGGGAAGAGAAGAGAAGGAGAGAGGAACAGGAAGAGGAGCAGAGACUGGCUGAGGAGAUACAAAAGAGGAGACGGGCAAAGGAAGAGCGUCGCCGGCAGCUGGAAGUGAAGCUGACCAUUGAGGAGCAGCUACGACUGAGGAGACAGGAGGAGGAGGAACAAGGGAGGAGGAGGAGAGAGGAGGAACAGAGGGAGAUUGAUGAGAGGAAAAGGGAGGCAGCGAAGAGCAUCAAACGCUUUAACAAAAGGGAUCUUCACAAGGUGGAGGCAAAACUUCAGGAGAAAGAGCUGAAGGAAAAAGAGGAAAAGGAAAGACAGAGGAGAAUCGCUGCUAAGUUGAAGGAGAAGGUGGAUGGUCACGUCAGCAGAGACUCUUCCAGGCUUACCCGUCCCACUAAGGGAUGUGAGGAGCGAAUGAAACACAUUGGACCUUCAGGAGGAGGGCCCCUCCUACAGAUGUUUCACAGAGCUGUUCCAACUUGGAGGCAAGGCCUGUGAUGAGCAACAAUGGAAGCCAACUGAACUGUCUCGCAAAGCAUUCAGAAAGUCAGAAAUUAGAUUA